GGGAGGACUUUAGGCUUGCCUUCUGGUAAUUAAUGCUAGCACACUUCUUCUACAUGACCCUGAACAAAAGUUAACAAUCCAAAGAACUAAAAAGAAAAAGAAAUACUGAUUUCUUUGUGGAAAAGAACAUGGAGAAGACUGAGAAGGAUAGUGCUACAGCUACAGAUAAACCAAAGGUUAACUAUAGAGGAAUUAAAGCCAUGCCCUUUAUCAUAGGGAAUGAAACUUUUGAGAAGCUGGGGACUACUGGCACCUCAAACAACCUUUUGGUUUAUCUCACUACUGUCUUCAACAUGAAAAGUAUCACGGCUACAAAUCUGGUUAAUGUUUUCAAUGGUACCUGCAACUUUGCUACCUUGAUAGGUGCUUUCUUCUCUGAUACUUAUUUCGGCCGAUACAAGACGUUGGGAUUUGCUUCCAUAUCCUCUUUUCUGGGAAUGGUUCUAGUUACACUAACAGCAGCAGUCUCAAAGUUGCAUCCUCCAGCCUGUGACUCCAGUGAAAGUGGAACUUGUCCUGGGCCAACACCAUGGCAAAUGGCUUUUCUGUUGAGCGGAUUGGGACUUAUGGUAGUUGGAGCUGGUGGUAUCAGACCAUGUAACCUGGCCUUUGGAGCAGACCAAUUCAAUCCUGAAACAGAAUCCGGAAAGAGGGGAAUAAGCAGCUUCUUCAAUUGGUACUACUUCACCUUCACCUUUGCCAUGAUAAUAUCUUUGACAGUCAUCGUCUACGUGCAAUCCGAUGUGAGCUGGGCUUGGGGUUUAGCCAUUCCUGCGUUUAUGAUGUUCUUAUCAUGUGUGACGUUCUUCAUUGGUACAAGAAUUUAUGUGAAAGUGAAGCCAGAAGGUAGUCCGAUAACAAGUGUGAUUCAAGUCAUAGUGGCAGCAGUUCGGAAGAGGCAAUUAAAGCAGCCAGAACAACCAUGGAUCUCCCUUUUUAAUCAUAUUCCGAAAAAAACUAUCAACUCCAAGCUUUCUUACACUGAUCAAUUCAGGUUUCUAAACAAAGCUGCAAUACUAACCCCUGAGGAUAAAAUCAACUUGGAUGGAUCAGCAGCCAAUGCAUGGAAACUUUGCAGUUUGCAGAAAGUAGAGGAAAUAAAGUGCUUGAUCAGAGUUGUUCCCAUAUGGGCAGCAGGAAUAAUAUACAAUGUGGCCAUGGUCCAACAGCAAACAUAUGUAGUUUUCCAGGCCCUUCAGUCUAACAGACGCUUUGGCAAUACAAGUUUCAACAUUCCAGCUGCAUCAUUCGGUAUCUUCAACAUGAUUGGCCUUACUAUCUGGAUACCUAUCUACGACCGUAUAAUUGUUCCAUGGCUCCAAAGAUACACCAAAAAGGAAGGAGGAAUCACACUACUCCAAAAGAUGAGCAUCGGCAUGGUUCUUGCCAUAGUCACCAUGGUUAUAUCUGCCAUAGUUGAAGAUAGGAGAAGAGCCCUUGCUCUCAGCAAUCCAAUUGGCAUAGAUUCAAAAAGAGGAGCAAUUUCUUCUCUGUCAACAAUGUGGUUAAUUCCUCAGCUAACUUUAAUAGGAAUUUCUGAGGCAUUCACCAUAAUUGCCCUAAUCGAAUUCUACUACAAGCAGUUUCCUGAAAACAUGAGAAGCAUUGCCGGAUCUUUUACUUUCAUUGGCCUUGCAUUAUCUAGUUAUCUGAGCAGUCUCUUGAUAUCAGUAGUUCAUAAGAUCACAGAAGGAGCUCCAACGGGGGAAUGGUUGCCUGAGGACCUCAACAAGGGGAAGUUGGACUACUUUUAUUACUUGGUUGCUGCAUUGGAAGUCCUGAAUUUAGGGUAUUUUAUAGUGUGUGCAAAUUGGUACAAGUACAAAGAAAGUGGUAUCAAUACCCCAGAAGUUCGCAUGGAGAAGAUGCAAUCUGAAAAUCCUCUUGUUUGAUACAUGACUAUCCAUUAAUGUUGCUAUAAUCCUUGGGAAAGGGAAGAUUAUUCAACUUUCCAUAGUUUUAUAUCACUUUCUUAUGGUAAAGAUGAUCUACAAAAGCUGUAAACAUGUAGUUGGAACUUUGGUGGAUUUUAACUUUUCUGAGAUCAUCAAAACUAAUGUGAGUGACAUGAAUUACUCUUCAAUUGAGUAGAAAAUUGUACUUAAAAUUAUCAAAAUUUAAAUUCUGAUCAUUAGAACAAAGAGUUCAAUACUCUACCAAUAAUCAAUGCAGCUGUUGAUUUCUAAUAUUUUGUUUUUAAAAUUACAUUCAACGCAGUUUAAUCAUAUACAUAAUAUUUGAUAAUAUAC